AUGGCAAAGUCAAACACCGGUGUGGUGCCGGCCGUUGACCCUCCGACGAUCAAAUAUGUAAUUAGGUCAAGUUGUCUCUACCAGGUUAUUGGUGUAAUUCCAAAGUGGUUUUGCUAUUUUCGCGAUAUCCGAUACCUCAUCAUGUUCGUGCAGAAAAAUAACUUGAAUACUGAAUCUCAAUCCAAGGACUCAACCUCUGAAAGUGUUGAAGAACUCGGUCCUGACUAUGCUAAUGAAUCUGGUGUUGAUUACUCCUCAAGACCAAGGACUGCUUUUUGUAUUGAUUACAGAGAACUGAACAAGGUCACUAUUCGCAACAAGUACCCGUUGCCCAGAAUUGAUGACCUGUUUGAUCAGUUGAAGGGAGCUACUUACUUCUCAAAGAUCGAUUUGAGGUCUGGUUAUCAUCAACUACGAGUCAGAGAACAAGAUGUUCCAAAGACAGCAUUUCUCACAAGGUACGGAUCUUAUGAGUUUCGUGUUAUGCCUUUCGGUUUAACGAACGCUCCAGCUGUCUUUAUGGACUUGAUGAAUAGAGUAUUCAGAGAAUACUUAGAUCAGUUUGUCAUUGUUUUCAUUGAUGAUAUUCUGGUUUACUCUAAGGCGGAGAAGGACCAUGCCAGACAUUUACGCACAGUAUUGCAGAUACUUCGAGAACAUCAGUUGUUUGCGAAGUUUGAGAAGUGUGAAUUUUGGCAGAAAGAGGUCAAAUUUCUGGGACAUACUGUUUUUGCUGAAUUGAAGACUUUUUCCAAGCAACCUCCUCGUGAAAGAGAAUCCUUAAUGAAGGAUGAGAAUUUACAGAGUUGUAGAGUUAAAUAUUCCAUUCCUUCAUCUAUUCGUCUUCACAAACCCAAACCAGAAGAUAGAUGUUCUUCUAUUCGUUUGGGUGAGGUAUGUUUUUUCCAGUCGACUUUUGCUGCGGGCUUGCGUUUUCCGAUUCAUCCAUUUGUAGAAGAAAUUCUUUCUCAUCUGAAGAUAGCUCCUUCUCAAAUUGCUCCUAAUUCAUGGAGAAUUAUUAUAGGCUGUUUGAUUGUUUGGGGAAAGUGUGGCAAUGGCCGUCUAACAGUAAAUCAAUUCCUGCAUUUUUAUUAUCCCAAGAAGAAAAAAGACAAUUUUUGGUACUUCCAGUGUAGAUCAAAGAAGACAUUCCUCCUUGUUGCAACCCCUGAAAAUAAUAAAGGUUGGAAGAGUCGUUUCUUCUUUAUUUCCGGUGCAUACGGGAAAUUUCCAACUAUUUGGAAUAAUUCAGAUCCAACAGAAGCCGAGCAUGUUGGUAAUGCCUCUUCUUACCCAGUAAAGACCUUUAGCGAUCUCAUAACUGACGAGGCUUUAGAUUUGUAUGUACGAGCUCAUAGCUCAAAGGAAACCUCCACCCACUUAGAGAAAGGUAAGAAAAACGAACAUACUUAUAUGUGAACUUAUUGAUUUUUAGUUAAUAUCUCAUUAAGUAUUUCCCUUAUUACUUUUUAUGCAGGCAAGAAGCUCAGUAAAAAACUCCUAGCCCAAGUCCGGUCAAGUAAUCUCCCUUCUAUUCCUGCUUCCAAAAAAUUACGAAGGGUAGGAGAAGGGAAUCAUGGUACAUCCGCAAGCCCUGGAGUGUUAUCAGGUCAUACUCUUGUACCUCUAGGUUUCAGCGGAUUUGGUGGGGUUCCUACUAGUUUUGAAAGUUUUUGUUCAGUAUCAACCAACCAAGCCUUUUCCCACGGGGAAUCGAUUCUCGAUGACGCUAAUGUCGCGAAUGACAGGUUACAUAAAAUGGUAGUAAAAGACGACACUGCCAGAUUGCAGAGUCUGCCAGCAUCUGAGCUUUCAAAGAAAUUUCUUCAUCUAAUCAGUCAGGUGAGAUUUUACCCUUAUUAUGCGCAUCUCUUUUUUUUCAUUUAUUUAUUUAUUUAUUUUUAACUAUUCGCCACUAUUUAUUUAUUUAUAGGGCACUACAUACUCUGUUGUUAUCGCCAAAGAAUACGAGAAGCUUUCCUUAGAGAUGGCUUCCCUCAAGGCUAAAUAUGAGGAUGUUACUUCUACACUUAAAAUAAAAGAAGAUGACUUAACUAAUGCAAAAUUAAACUUUCAAGAUGAGAAAGUGAAACUUACCAAAGAAUACUCUGAUAAGCUGGAAUUCGAGAAGCUAGCUGCCGUGGAGAGUUUUAAAAAUUCUGAUGAAUUCAAGGU